AUGAUGGGUUUAAAGGAGGAAAAGCGUAACGUCUCUACUUAUGACAAAAGGCAGUCGAAAUACCUUGUUUCAGUAGAAAAAGACAACAGUUUAUAUCGAUGGCUGGACGGCUUUGAAGUGCCAGUACCAUGUACUCGUGAAUUUCGUGCAAGAGAACUUGUCUAUCACGAUCUUUGGCGCAAAGGAUAUUACCUUACGAGUGGCCUCCAAUUUGGCUGUACAUAUUUGGCAUAUGAAGGUAAAGAUAAGAAUGUAGUUUCAAUAUUUGAAAAACGAAGAGCGUUUAGCGCAAUGCCUUGGGUCUGUUUUCAGGUGAAAAAAAGCCUAGUGGUAGCUAUAGUGGCAUCAGACAGCCAUCAACCACAAUAUAUAAAGUUCGAUUGGUUCAAACCCUAUACAGAGGAACGUGAAUGA